CCCAUCUCUCUCCUCCCUCUCCUUUCACUUCUACUUCUUCUAUUUCUCUCUUGCAGAUAGUACAGUCAUAAUAGACUAUUGUAGCCAAACUUGAUUGAGUAAUGAUGUGGAGUGAGGGAGAGAGAGAAGGUUUUUUUUUCUUGGUUUGAAUUGAUUGCUUCUCUUGUGGGUUGGGUUUUGUUUUUGGCUUUAAAAAAACUGAAACUUUGAAAGUUUUGAAUUUUGGGGUUUGUGUAUAUUUUUGGAUGGGAAGCACGGGAGAAGGAGUGUUGAAGAAGGAGAAAGAUUGGGGAGACAAGGGUGAACAGUGGUUCUUAAUCCAGCACUGUACAAGGUGGUCUGGUUUUAGACAUGAAAAUGUUUCCUACAAGUGAUAUUACUCUUCCUCUCUCAAGCACUACUCCUUAAAAGCACUCAAAGACCCUCUUUUUUUAGAGAGAGAGAGUCUUCUUGAUCUCUGUUUUUUUUGGGUUCUUUUCAAUACAUUCACUCAUGAAGAGACUAAGAAGUUCAGAUUCUCUGGGUGGCUUGAUGUCCAUGUGUCCAAACACAGCAGACGAACAGAGUCCAAGAAACAAUCAUGUGUACAGUAGAGAAUUCCAGUCCAUGUUGGAUGGCUUGGACGAAGAAGGCUGCAUAGAAGAAUCCGUCCACGUCUCAGAGAAGAAACGAAGACUGAGCGUGGACCAAGUCAAGGCCUUGGAGAAGAACUUUGAGGUUGAAAACAGGCUUGAACCAGAGAGGAAAGUGAAACUUGCUCAGGAACUCGGGUUGCAGCCAAGACAAGUGGCUGUGUGGUUCCAAAACCGCCGUGCACGGUGGAAGACUAAGCAAUUGGAGAGGGAUUAUGGUGUUCUUAAGGCCAAUUAUGAAGCUCUCAAGCUCAACUUCGAUACCCUCCAACGCGACAAUGAAGGUCUAUCCAAAGAGAUCAGGGAACUGAAAGUGAAGCUGAAUAUGGAGAACCCAGAGAGCAAUAUCUCUGUAAAAGAAGAGAUAGUGGUACCUUCAACUGAUGAUGAGAAAGCCAUAGAUGAGACCAAUCCGCCACCAUCACCAACUCUCGCAUCUUCUCUUUCUACGAAGGAUCUGAUGAAUAACAACUACGAGAGCUUCGAGAAUUACAACAAUGGAGGAUUUGGCUCAUCAGACAGUGACUCAAGUGCCAUCUUGAACGAAGACACAAGCCCAAACAGGGGGGCAAUUUCCUCAUCUGGGUUUCUCCAAGAACACCAGCUACUGAUGUCAUCAUCUUCCCCAUCAUCGUCUUCAAUGAAUUCCUUCCAGUUCUCAAAAGCAACAUUAUAUCAAACCCAGUGCGUGAAAAUGGAGGAGCACGACUUCUUUAGUGGAGAAGAAGCCUGCAAUUUCUUCUCUGAUGAACAAGCUCCUUCUCUUCAAUGGUACUGCCCUGAUCAGUGGACCUAAUCAAAUAAAUCAAGAACUGGACAAAUAAUGGAGUCUCCAAAAUGGGUUCUUUGGGUUUUGUGAAGAAAUGGAAGACGUUGCUCAACUGGGUUUUUGUCGAAUAAAUGAACUGAACAAAAUCAACGAUGGUGGAAAAAUGCAAAAACAACAUUGGAGGAAGAAGAAGAAGAGACAGAGGGAGAGGAGAGGUUCACGUGCGAUAAUGAUCAGGUAGUAAUUGGAAGUCUCCGCUGUAAAAAUUUUAUGGAAAAUAAUUUUACUGUUUAAUGGAGAUAAAAAAAAAUCUUAUCUUUCUCUUCUUUUUAUACUAAUUUUAUUUGCUUU